UACUUUCUUUCUCGCCAAACAGAAGGGCAAACGAGAGCGUGAGAAAGAUGAAGCUAAUUUCUUCUGCAUGUUCUGUGGUGCGUAUCCCCUCUCUCUAUGCCAGCCUCUACAGGCCUAUAUGCUCUGCUUCACUAUCAUCAUCUCCUUCUUCUCUGAAACCCACAACCCCACUUUUUUUACGCCCUCCCAGAUUCUCAACCUCUAUUUCAGACCUACACAAAUGGCAUCACUGGGCCAAAAACCUUGCUUCCUCAGUUGGGGCAUCUUUUGUUCAGUUAGACAACGGCCCAGACUCAACUUCUCUCCGUCGAGAACUCAGAUGGCUGUUAGAAGACUCACUUGAAGACCCCUCACUAAUAUAUCAAUUGGGUAGUCAAAAUUAUGCGAUGGAUGUAAGGCUAAAGGCACCUUUGGAUGAACUUUAUGUUCUUUGGAGGCAGAGGAUUGAAGAGAGGAGGCCUUUUCAGUACAUUGUUGGGUGUGAGCAUUGGCGGGAUUUGGUUUUGAGCGUACAAGAAGGGGUCCUGAUUCCAAGGCCUGAAACAGAAUUAAUUGUUGAUUUGGUGAAAGAUGUGGCCUUGGCUAGUGGAGAGUCAAAAGAAGGUUUGUGGGCAGAUUUGGGGACUGGUAGUGGAGCUAUUGCAAUUGGUAUUGGGAGGAUUCUGGGAAGUAAAGGAAAAGUAAUUGCCACUGAUUUAAGCCCAGUGGCACUUGCUGUAGCUACUUAUAAUGUCCUGAGAUAUGGCCUACAGGAUAUGAUUGAGGUAAGAAAAGGAUCUUGGUUUGAACCAUUAAAGGAUGUUGAAGGAAAACUUGCUGGUGUUGUGAGCAACCCCCCAUAUAUACCAAGUGAUGAUAUCUCUGGGUUGCAAGCUGAAGUUGGUCAACACGAACCGAGGCUUGCAUUAGAUGGUGGUGUUAGUGGUAUGGAUGAUCUUCUUCAUCUUUGCAAUGGAGUUCUUUCAAUGUUGAAACCUGGAGGUUUUUUUGUUUUUGAGACAAAUGGGGAGAAGCAAUGCAAGGUUCUUGUAGAUUACAUGGAAAACAAUAAUCCCGGCAAGUUUUUCAAUGUAAACAUAGUAUCCGAUUUUGCUGGUAUCCAACGGUUUGUAACAGGUUUCAUCAACAAUAAGAGUUCCUGAUAAAUGCCUUUCUAUAUUGGCUACUGGGAAUAGGAGAAGAAAAAAGUUGAGCUGCUCUUGAUGUGGAACUUGCACUUCAUUUCAGCUGCUAGUAAGGGGAUCAAAGAGGCUGCUUAUACACUAAGAAGGCUAGUGAAGGAGCUAGCAGUGGAUCUUGCUGCAUAAUCAAUUCUAGGUGAGAUAUCCAAUUGAAGCCUUUCAGGUGGUGAAAGGCUUAAAAUCUGAAGCAUGUAUCUCAAUUGCAGUCACAGUCACAGAUAAACAAAGCAAGCCGGUAACGGCCAUAACAUAAUGGUAAAAGCAUUCGCUACUUUGCAAAGUUCACAAAAUAAAUAGAUAAGAACUAACAUUAUACAUAGACUUAGUCCGUGAAGCUGGAUUUUUCCUUUUGUCUGCCCCUUGUUUAUCCAUCAACUCAUGUCAGCUUUCAGUUUAUUUUCAUGGCUUGGCAUAGUUAUUUUUCCCAACUUAGUGGUGGUUGAUCAAAGCGAGAGUAGUGUUUAACCAUCCACCAACCUGAUUUUCAGGUCCUUGAGGUAUUUUUUGCUGCUCUUCAAUGGACCUCUCAUGGAUAAUGGUUCGCUGUAUUUCCUUGAACAAAGGCUUGUGUUUUCUACUCAUCACAUUCUUCUGCUGUGUCAUUGUGCUUGAAUUUGCCUUUUGAUGCUAUGGAAAGCUCGAGUUUACAAAAUCCUGUGCAUCUCAACAUUUUUUAAUCAAUGGGACAAAGAUCUGUAAAAAGUUUUCAGAAAUAAGCACUGUUUGCUACAAGGACAAGAAUUUACGACUGCAGUGAUUUUUUUA